AUGUUCGCUAGAGGAAUUCGCGCUGUCUCGCGGCGAGCUGCUGUCGCUGCUCCCCUCGCCCGUCCUACCAUCCUCCCUACCCGCCAGAUCUCUCCCGCCGUCGCCGUCAACGCUACCCGCUCCUACCACGAGAAGGUCCUCGACCACUACUCGCGACCCCGAAAUGUCGGCUCCAUGAACAAGAAGGAUGCUGAUGUCGGAACUGGUCUCGUCGGCGCCCCGGCCUGUGGCGAUGUCAUGAAGCUCCAGAUCCGCGUCGACCCUGAAACCCAGAAGAUCUCUGAGGUUAAGUUCAAGACGUUCGGAUGUGGUUCCGCCAUCGCCUCCAGCAGCUAUCUCACUGAGCUCGUGCGCGGCAUGAGCUUGGAUGAUGCCGGCAAGGUCAAGAACACUGAGAUUGCUAAGGAGCUCUGCUUACCCCCCGUCAAGCUGCACUGCUCCAUGCUUGCUGAGGAUGCCAUCAAGUCUGCCAUCUCAGAUUACUACACCAAGAACCCCAACGCCAAGGUCAGCAACCUCAGCGGUACCGGCAUGAAGCUUCCCGAGGCCGACGCCGCUGCUGCUUAA